AUGGAUAACCUGUUCACAUCCAAAAUUCGGACCCCCGUUAUCAAUACACCAGAUAAAAAAAAGUAUCUGAACGAACCAGAUUUGAAUGACACGGUCGACUGUCUCACACUUCCUGAAAUUGACAUUCCGAAUGAGUCAUCCUUUUGUCACACGCAAUUACCCGGAACUGUGUUCCAGUCUCACACGACACAUUCCGUGCCAAUCAAUCAGGUGGAUGCACGAGGUGUGAAUACAUGUAAUAUUCUAUCACCAGAAAUCCCUAAACUACAAACCGAAUCAUUUACUUCCGAAGAAACAGGAGAUGACAAUGUGACCGCUCAGUCGGAUCCAUUGGAUCCACAGUCCACUGAGCGGACGGAAGAAACUAUCAAACUGAAUAAACAUCGUCCAAUUACUACUGGUGGUACCAAACGACUUCAAGUGCCUCAACACAGAUUAGAUGCGGAUGGAGAAUGCAGUGAUUUGAUGGUUGUUCCGUCCAGAGAUAACCUGGACGUUUCGAACGCAAACAAAGCACUCGGUCUAAGACGUGAAAUAACAAGACCUUUAUCGAAUAGUCCAUUUUCGAAACACGUAUUUGAUCCACCGAAAGUACAACCUAUGUGUCCAAAAAUAAAGAAUACUCCACAAUCUGGUUCUGGCAUAGAAACAAUAGACGAUGGUGAAGUACCUCGAAGUGUUGUUUAUAUAACCAAAGAACCAGGAAUCAUGUACCAGUUGGAAUUUUACACCAAAAAUAUUAUAUUUUCUCCACUUUAUGUGGGUGAAAGAUUUGCCGUACAACCACCAAAUGACAAGAAAGUCCAGCCACCACACUAUGAAUAUCGGGAAACAAGGCCAAAAAACGAAAUGGCCAUGUUUUAUGUCCGGCAGAGAUAUGCGGUUAGUAUGGAUGAUAACAGACCGAAACCGUAUAAAUACGCUUUACCACCGCUUCGAGUCUACACAGAUGAGGUGAUUCCACCUCGGAAAAGAUCAGCAAGUGAGGCGAACAAGGUCACAUCAAAUGGGACCAUAUACUUUCAGUACAAAGGAUUUCUUCUCCGUGUACGAUGUGAUCCGUUACCAAUAUCCCAAAUCAAAUCACCAGUCAGUGAGGAAAUUCUAGCACGAAUGGCCAAAUUGAAUAUGCCCACAUCGGAAUCGAGAAAGAACAAGGGAGUUGUUGUCGGUCGAUGCGGCUAUGAUGUGAUGCAGAUCACAUUCAACAUGGAUCGGAUCAAUUUGAGUCGUGUGGAGUUGAAAGGCACAGCGGCCGUCCAAACGGAAGAUAAAAUGGUCUACAUACGGGAGAAGUCCCGAAUUUCUGGUCGUUCAUUGCUCUUGGCCUUACCAGAAUCCACUUAUUUCUACCAUGAUCCGAUGCCAUCUAUUCAUCGUUUACAUGCAAACUUCCAACGCACUAACAUAAUGCCCUUGUGGAAGUAUGAAUUAAUGCAAACCCGUCUGGCUGAACGUCGUGGGGCGAGCGAAGCAGAGGCAAAGAUUGAUCGUGCUUUCAAACAGACCCGAGGAUCUCGUCUGUAUUUUGAAGGUUUGGAUUCGCUAAUCACUGCUCAAGGCGGUCUAUUGUGCUGUGACGUUCCUUUAGGUCACGAGAAAUACGAAGCGAUGAUGUUGAAUGAACUUCAGUCCCGCCGUUAUACCCGACGAAGACCUCCGCAUACUUGGUCUCGAAAAUCGAAGCGUAAUAAGUCUCGUCGAGAACAAUCAUAUGAAGAACCUCCGGACACAGCUGUCAGCACACAGGUAAUGUUAGAUAUGAAUAAUAGCCUCUUUUGA